GCCGCGGUCCUGCGUCUGUUGUGAUUCGGCUGAAGAAAGUGUCCACACAUAGAAAAACUCCUGGUGAAGCAACUGAGAUCCAUGUGACACUUAUUAUAAAGAUGGCGUUUAUUAAAGAGGAAAGUGAAGACAUGAAGAUUGAAGAAACACUCAGAGUGAAAGAGGAAGAUACUGAGGAACAUACAGCCCUGGUGGUACUGAAAGAAGAAAGUCAAGAACUGAUAGAAGAAAAAGAUCAGUAUGAGAAACAUUACGAUUUCAUGACUGGAGAAAAGUCCACACAGACUGAAAAGACUUCCUCACGAAAAAGAGCUCAAAAGACAGACACUAAUAGUUGUUUUACCUGCCGUCAGUGUGGAAAGACUUUCAAUCAAAAACAAAACCUUGAAGUCCACUUAAGAGUUCACACAGGAGAGAAACCUUUCAGCUGCCAACAGUGUGGAAAACGCUUCACUCAAAAAGGAAACCUUAAAAGCCACUUAAGAAUUCACACUGGAGAGAAGCCUUACACCUGCCAACAGUGUGGAAAGAGUUUCACGGCAGAACCAAACCUUAAAUAUCACAUGAACAUUCACAAUGGUGUGAAGCCGUUCACAUGUGAUCAGUGUGGAAAGAGUUUUACACGUAAAGUAACCCUUAAUUACCACAUGAGGAUUCACUCAAGAGAGAACAUAUUAAUAUGUCAUCAUUGUGGAAAGACUUUCAGUCAUAAAGUAAGCCUUAAGACUCACAUGAGACUUCACACUGGAGAGAAGCCUUACACAUGCCAACAGUGUGGAAUGAGUUUUACAUAUAAAGCGUCACUUGAUUCCCACAUGGGAAGUCACACUGGACAGAGCGCUUUUCCCUGCAAAGUGUGUGGGAAGAGCUUCUCACUAAAAGGAAAUCUUAAGACUCACACGAGGACUCACACUGGAGAGAAGCCGUUCAUAUGUGUUCAGUGUGGAAAAUCUUUCACACGUAAAGGAAACCUUAUUUGCCACAUGAAGAUUCACUCAAGAGAAGACUGUUAUAUAUGUCAUCAGUGUGGAAAGAGUUUCCCAGACAUGAAAUGCCUUAACAGGCAUGUGGUAAUUCACUCUGGAGAGAAGCCUUUCAAAUGCCAAGAGUGUGGAAGGGCUUUCAAGUUCAAUAAAAAUCUUAAGGCUCAUAUGAGAAUUCACAGCAGAGAGAAGCCUUUCAAAUGCCCUUCCUGUGAAAAGAGUUUCAGUCAUAAAGUAAGCCUUAAGACUCACAUGAGACUUCACACUGGAGAGAAGCCUUACACAUGCCCUCAGUGUGGAAAGAGUUUCACAUAUACAGCAACACUUAAUGCCCAUGUGAGAAUUCACACUGGAGAGAGGCCGUUCACAUGUGGUCAGUGUGGAAAGAGUUUCACACGUAAAGGAAACCUUAAUUACCAUGUGAGGAUUCACUCAAGAGAAAACUGUUUAAUAUGUCAGCAGUGUGGAAUGAAUUUUACUGAUAGGAAUCACCUUAAGAGUCAUGUAAUAAUUCACACUGGGGAAAAGCCUUUUAUGUGCCAUCACUGUGGAAAGAAUUGCACAAACAAAGCAAAUCUUGAGGUUCAUGUAAGAGUCCACACUGGAGAGAAGCCUUUCACCUGUCCUCAGUGUGGGAAGAGUUUCACACUUAAAGGAAACCUUAAGACUCACAUAAGAGUUCACACUGGAGAGAAGCCUUUCACGUGUCUUGAGUGUGAAAAGAGUUUCACAUAUCAAAAAGACCUGAAACGUCAUUUGCAAACUCAUUCCGGAAAGAAAUUGCAGUGUUCAGAGUGUGGUAAGACAUUUGGAAAAAGUAGCAAUUUCAAAAAUCACCUGCUCAUUCACUCUGGUGGAAGGCGAUUUCAUUGUGAACAGUGUUAUAAAAGGUUUCUUUUGCCAUCACACUUACAGAUACACCUGAAAAGUCAUGCGAAUGUGAGACCCUAUUUGUGUUCCUUGUGUGGAAAGAGUUUUAAAUGGCUCAGCAAUUUAAAAUGGCACCAGAGAAUACGUGUCUGUGAAAUCAAGUCAAUGUUCACCCUGCAGCAGAAUGUGGAAAUCUCUGGGGCAAAACCAUUUUCAUGUUCAUCUGCAUCCUUCACCUCUUGAGGCUUUUUCUUUUCUUUUGCCAUGUACAUAUUUUGCAGCCACACCUCACCAUCUCUUUUGCUAUAGUUUAAAAUAUUGAGUGGUUCCGUUAGACACCCUCUAAUGGAGACAUCGCUCCAUUCCAUAUAUUAAUAUCUCAGAAUCAAAAUAUUAAACUUCUUUCUAGCUGUGAAUUGCCACAAUAUAAAAGAAAGACUGUAAACGAAAGAACAUAAACUGAAUGAAAAUAAUGAACAUUGAACUGCAUUGUUUGAUUUAGGUUUAGUGAGAGAAUGCACAGGUAGACGUGUUGUCAUCCUGGAAUUUAACAUGGAUAUUGUUGGGGCUCAUUUGGUGACACUGCUGAUUCCAGCUGUGGGUAAACAUUCUCUCACUGCCGAUCUUAGGUUUUCCUUAUGCU